UUUGCCAAUCUGUUUGUGGUAAGUUUAUGUCAUUUGUAAUCACUCCCAGUGUGUUCCAGGAAGAAACUAUUUCUGUUGCCAGAAUCUCUCCGUCUCAGUGCCCUAAGAAGACCCUCUGAUCCUCAAUCCUCACCCCACCUCUUGCUUAAUUUAUGCAGCUCUUUUCUCAGACCUUGAAAUAAACCUCUGACCAGUGCCUGGUCCAACAAGCCACUUCAGACCCAGCAAACAGAGAUUUCUGAUUUGCCUCUUAAGCAAGAGAUUCCCUGCUGCUCAGCAUGGCUCAGAUCAACGCAUGCUUCAUGCUGAUCUCCUGCCUGAUGUUCCUGACUCUGAGCCAAGGCCAAGAGGUCCAAACGGAGUUGCCCCAGGCCAGGAUCAGCUGCCCAGAAGGCACCAAUGCCUAUGGAUCCUACUGCUACUACUUUAAUGAAGACCUUGAGACCUGGGUUGAUGCAGAUCUCUACUGCCAGAACAUGAAUUCAGGCAACCUGGUGUCUGUGCUCACCCAGGCCGAGGGUGCCUUCGUGGCCUCACUGAUUAAGGAGAGUAGCACUGAUGUUGGCAGUAUCUGGAUUGGCCUCUAUGACCCCAAAAAGAACCGCCGCUGGCACUGGAGCAAUGGUUCCCUUGUCUCCUACAAAUCCUGGGUCACUGGAUCCCCAAGUAGUAUCAAUCCUGGAUACUGUGCAAGCCUGACUUCAAGCUCAGGAUUCAAGGGAUGGAAGGAUGUGUCUUGUGAGGAAAAACUUUCCUUUGUCUGCAAGUUCAAAAGCUAGAAGCACUGGAAAACGGACACAUAGAACUGGUCCUGCAAUUUACUACAGAGUCCAGAAUUAAACUGCACCAUCUCUCCAACUCAAUUCAAACCCUCUCUUCUCUGUUUAGUUUGCAUCGAUAACCUUCAGUACCUUACCCAUCUCUCAGUCACCGGAGCCUGAAAUAAUAAAAAUAAACAUGCU